AUGGAGGUCCUUGAGGGGCCUCUACCGUCUGUCUCUGUGGCCUCCGUCUGCUCGGAGAUCGUCUCCAACAAAUUAAGGGGGGGGCUUCGCCGUCUAUCACGGGUUGCGUUGAAGCAAAGGCUGGGGGAGCAGAGAAAGCUGUGGAUACACCUCAGCGAAGAUUUACAAGAUGAUGGCAUUCGUUGCGAUGUCUGCGCAAACUCAGACACAUCAGCGGACGACGCCAUUGUGCUAUGCGAUGGGUGCGACGCUGCGGUACACCAGAGCUGCUACAACAUAGGGGCUUUGCCUGAGGGCGAGUGGUUCUGCGAGUAUUGCAGACAGCAGCGGCUCUCUGAAAGAGAAAUGGAGAAGUUAAAAGAAAUAAACAAACGCACAGACCUCAGCAAACAACAAAAGGAAGCGGAAGCUGCUGCAGUGCUGCAGCGCGCAGAGAGCAACGGCAUAGAUGUUCCGCCUCUGCCUCGGGGCUGUUUAUGGGCCCACUUAAGCUGCGGAUUGUGGGUGCCUGAGUGUUGGGUGUUGGGGUGUCGGGAGGUGUGUGGGGCGGAGUCGAUCGAUCCCCAGCGCUUCCUCUCAGUUUGCUGCGUCUGCGGUCUUAACGCUGGCGCCUCUGUGCAAUGUGCCCACGAGAAAUGUAGCCUCUCCUUCCACGCUGUAUGCGCAGUCAUGGCUGGCUUCGGCAUGAAUAUCACAGACCAAAUAAACAUUCAGAGGAAGAACAACGACGUGACUUUUCACGCUUUUUGUCUUCGCCACCGUCUUUGUUCUCAUACUCGCACAGCCCCCACUGAUACCCCUUUGGAGUUUCGCCACGACUCGCCCGACUUCAGCAGCCCGCUGUAUCAGUCAGCGAUGUUGAUUAGGAGGAACAGAGACAUUGUCUUGUACAUAGAACAGCUACAGGCGGAGGACUCUCUUUGGUCUCGUCGCGUUUCUUCUUAUCUUUUAAAAGAGAUGGUAGAUAACGUGCAGUGUCUGCGGAGUCUGUGGGGGUAUAUUGAGAGGCCCAUUAAAGGGGGCCCCUCUCGUAGGGGGGCCCCCCUCAAAGGGGGGCCCCCCUCAGGGGGUUUAGACGGUAAAGAUGUUAAUUUGAAAAAAGAAAGAAAUGCUUAUAAGAGAAAAGCAAAUAAGGAAGAGACCCGCAGCAAACGCAAUAAACAAUCACAUAAAUAA